AUGAGCUACGCCGGUGUGGUUCGAAGGACUACUCAAGACAACGAUGAUACAGAGACCACGACACCCGCAGAUGAUCGCGAGAGGAGUGAAUCUGAUUGCAAUAGCAAACGUGCAGCCAAUCCACACUCUUGGGAUGAAGACAGUCGGGGCAAGACAAGAACAGAUUCUGAGCACGGUCACUCCCUCAUAGCUAUUCUUCCCAUGACCAAACACAGGGGAUCGUCGGUAUCGAAUUGGUUCAACGGACUGUUUACAACAAUCAUUGGUGUCGCGACUCUCGGAACAAGCAUAACCUUCUCCUACGUUCUGUCCAACGGUACUGCGACCCCUCCCUCCACAACAGCAACAUUCAAUCAACAGCAGGUUCAGGAUUUCCUGGCAAUCAGUUGGCUGCUCUUUCUGCUGACUUUGGCUUUCGCAUCUCUUGGAUCAACCCUCUUGACAUUUUUCAAGAAACACUGGAUUGCCGACUGGGAUGGCGUGAAAGGCGAAACCUCGCAAUGGACUGUCCAGAUGUAUGCGGUCUGUGUAAGCGGUCUCUUGGGCGCCUUGACAAUCGGAGCCUUCAUGCUAUUGUGCUUAGUGGUCGUGGCGUAUUCGCCGGUCGUUGGUUGGGUGUCGCUCUUCUUUGCGAUCUUCUUCGGUGUUGUGAUUCUUGUGGCGGUUGUCCACCAGGCACCGUGGCCUUGGAGAGAUAACACACCCUCACUGCCAGCAUGA